AUGGCAACUUUCUCUCUUUCCAAAACUACAAAAAUCUCAAGAAUCAUUGAUCAAGCUGAAAUAGCUCUAAAAGAAACCAAAAAAAUAACGAUAAUAGGAGAAGACUUGGCAUCUGUGAAAGCAGUGACGCUAGCUGAGCAGUUGAAGAGCAAGUUUCCAAGUAUCACACAAAUCAACAAAACGUAUUUAAAUGGGAACUACAGUGUUUUGGAAAUUGAAUUAAAAUUAAUUGAAAAUUAA